AUGGAUGACGACGAGGAGUUGAGCGACCCAGAGAGGGCAGACUUUGCCUUCCAGCGGGUCGAGGGCAUCGAGGAUGACCCUCAAGGAUUACGAUUUCUGACCUAUGCAGGGGAUGGCUUGAGCUACAUGUGCUUGGAGUUUUACUAUUUUAGAGCUGAGGUACAACACGAGUUGGCGGAGAUCAAGGAGACACUUUCUCAGGGAUUCAAGGCACUUUUCGAGGUACUUCGAGUCUGCUUCUCAACUACACAAGAGGCUUCUUUUUCAUCCGCUCCUCCAUCGCCUACUUUGCCUCCCUCACUAGUUGUGCGCUCUCCUACUCCUCCGUCCCCUCCACCACAGCCCGACCAUCAGUCCUUUGCAUCGCAUGUUAUUCCGUCGGCUAGCCUAGUGGUGAUGAUCGAGAUUAAGAUAGGCAACAUAGAUGAGUUGGCGCUUCAUUCUGAGGAGACACCAAUAUCCGCUACUGCCGUAACACAUGCUCCACCAUUUGUUCCGCCGCGUGUACCCACUCCUUCUGCUUCAUCUGCGGUGCUUGCUUCACGUACUCCACCACCUGCACCCAAACUGCCAUCACCGGCUCCAACUACUUAUGUGCCAUCCCUCGCUCCAGCUUGUGUGCCACCCCCCGCUCUAGCUUCACCUGAGUUACCCGUGGUGUCUGGUAGUUUUUCUGAUAAGGAGGAGUCUGCUACGGGCCCGCGAUCUAAUGCGGUUCAUCGGUCUGAUGAGGGCACUCCAUCUAAUGCUUUUGGUGAUUUGGGGGGUAGUGAUUCUAAUUAUGACAUUGGCGGUUCUACUAAGGAGGAUUAG